CAUUUCUCCCUAAGAUCUCGUCUUAAUCUCCCCUCUUUCAGCUUCUUUUCCACCAGCUCUUAAUUCCCCUGCCGCUUCCAAGCUGGCCUCAAAGAGAACCCAGAAGCUUUCGGGCUAUUUUCCUUCAUCCUUCAUUAGCUAGCGUGCCACAAACGAAGACUACCAAAUUAGUCACCCGCCUGUGCCGCGCAGCAGCUGCUCAGCGUUGGACCAAAGGUCUUCCCGGCGCUGGGCUGCUUCUCCCUCCCUUCCCCAUGCCUGCAUCCAGCGAUGAGGAACCUUCACAGGAUAAAACAACUUCUUUCCCCCUUCCAUUGCAUGAUUCCUGUUAAAAUAAGAAAAGAAAUGAGGAGGCAGCACCAACGGGCUGCUCGGAGGAGAUACUUUUCCUCCCUUUGUGCUUCCUUUUUCUCUUCUCUGAGCCUCUCUGUUUACCAGGCUAAUAAAGCCGGCUCUGUGCUGCCAGCUCAGGGUUGCACCUUUUCCCCGGAGCCCAGCCCAGCCCAAACAUGCAAAGCUUGUCCGGAAACCGUCUGCCAGCUUUGCCAGCUCAAAGUCACCUUGCCCCAAACCUUCGGCUCCACGCUUCGGGCUCACUCGGCAAUCAUUAAUUGGCUUCUCUGCAUUCCCAACAUAGAAAAAUGCCCCAGCGGGUGACCCUGCCCUGGCAUUCCGACAUGCAGCUGGCCGGCAAGCUGGUCCUCUCCGCCGCCGCUCUGCUCCUCCUGACGCUGGCGUACAGGUUUUAUAAAUCCCGCUCGCUUGCUGGGGGCAAAAUCCCACCGACCGAGGCGGGAGGAGAGCAGAGGGAGAGCGCAGCCUGGGAUGGGGAUGUGGCAAAAAUCCAGGUGGAAGAGAACUACAUCACCAAGCGGCGGGUGAAGGAUGGGGCUGGACAGCCAGUCCCUGGCCUCAAGGGCAAAGUCUAUGACUACUACGUCCAGUCCAUCUCCCAGGUGGUAUCGAAGAAGAGGUGUCUCUCCUACGUACCUCCAGGAACAUCCCAGGACUGCAGCUUGGAGCAGGUCAAUAAGGAGCUGGAGAGCAUUGCAACCCAGGAACCGGACCCAACUUUGGCAAUAUGGGAUUCUACCACCUCCUCCAUAGUUCCAUCACCUACAAGGAGCUUAGAGAUCUCCCCCAGGCCACCAUCUCCUGGCCGCAAGGUCAGCAUCCUCCAGAUCGCUGACAGCCCCCACCUCCAGCUGCCCAUUGAGGGGUUUGGGGUCACAGAACAAGGUAAAACGCCACCAGCAAGCCCCUGUCCAAGACUGGUGGCCAGUACUGACUUCUUCCAAAUGCCACCAUCCACCCACCUGGACUUGGGGAACUGCUAUGAGGUCCUCUGCGCGGCCAAGGCGCAGAAGCUGGGCCACCUCCAGGAGGCUGCCUACAAGGUUAUGAGCGACAACUACCUGCAGGUGCUGAAAACACCCUCCAUCUACAGCCACCUCAACGCUGGUGAGCGGGAGCUCAUCCUGCGGUGGAGGAUGAAGGGGAAGAUGUACAUGGCCGUGGCAGACAUCAACGUACAGGAGCCUGACCUCCACACCAGCCGCCUCUGCUAUUAUGAUGAUGGAGGGGACUGCUGGCAUCACCUCUGCCACGUGCCACCAGAAGUGGUCUCCCGAGGGUGCGCCAUUUGCAGCAUGUUCAACUACCUCUUCGUGGUGGUUGGCUGCGAGGGCACAGGCCGGGUGCAGAGACCCUCCAACCGUGUCUUCUGCUAUGACCCCCUGACCAACAUCUGGAGGGAGAUCUGCCCCUUGAACCAAGCACGGCCACACUGCAAGCUCGUGGCCUUGGAUGGCCACCUCUACGCUAUUGGCGGUGAGUGCCUCUACACGGUGGAGCGCUAUGACCCCCGGCAGGACCGCUGGACCUUCAUUGCGCCCCUGCCCCAUGACACCUUCGCCGUGGCCCACACAGCCACAGUGUGCAAUGGGGAGAUCUACGUGACGGGGGGCACCUUGCGCUACAUGCUGCUGUGUUACACCGCUCGCUCGGACAGCUGGAGGGUCAGCCCAGCUGGUGGCAGCAAGGACAGGACAACUGAGAUGGUGAGCACCAACGGCUUCAUCUACCGCUUUGACCUCCACCGCAGUAAGGGCAUCGGCGUGUACCGCUGCAGCGUCAAGGCCAAGCUAUGGUAUGAGUGUGCCACCUAUGCCAUGACUGAGCCCUCCAGCUUCCAGUGUGCCGUGGUGGGCAACCUGGUCCACUGUGUCAGCCGGCACUUCCACAUACGCUUCCUGGCUGACCACAUCUCACCACGCUUUGGGACCAGGGAGCUGCAGCCCUUCCCAUCACCCCAUGGCAGGCUCCUUCCAGCUGUCCUGGUGCUGCCAGAGGGAGGGAAGGUGCAAACGCAGGUUUGAGGGAUCCGUGCUGGAGUGUCAUGCAACAGUGGUGGUGGCUCAGAUCUGACACAAUGGCCAAAGGUGGUAGAAGAAGCCACCAGCCUGCAUUGGACCACUUAACGUAGGGCAAACACCACCAGGGCAAUGCUACACGCACCUACCAUCAAGCAGAUAUCCUUGUAUUCCACUUCAGUAAGGAAGGAGAUGAACUGCCCUUGGAUACUACCAGUAAACUCAGCCUUGAAGACACAAGGAAAAGCAAAGCAGGAGCUGGGUGGACUUGUUUGCUUAGAGGUAUUUAAACAUAGGUGUGCUUGCUCAGAUGCAAAUAAACCACGGCUCCCUUCAGGCUCCCGGUUGUGUUCUCCCCGAUGAGUAGCCAUGUUGCACAGCAGGUGUUUAAUAUUGACCUGGACGUGCAACACACGGGGCAUUUUAGGGUGGAGGAACACAGCAGGGAGAUUUGAUGCCUCAGGAGGUGUCAGCUGAAGGCCAGCCUCAUCGGCAUCAAGGCAAAAUUAAACCUUCAGGCUUGACUGCACACAUCACCCCAGGGCUCGAAGCUCGGGGCCAGAGGUUGCCUUCCUCCUACCAGUUCCUUGUGAUUUGUUACCUUCUCCUCAGCACAGAAUUAUACAUAUAUUUCUAUUUCUAUGUACGUGAUGGAAAUAGGCACUAUAGAUUUAUAGAUAGCUCAUCUUAAAUUAAAUUAAAGUGAACAUUUGGUAAAAUUAACCACAGGCCACUGUCGCGCAUCAUCUCAAGACAUAGCCAAACCUAAUGGGAACAAAGGGGCCAAUGCACGUUUUACAUCCUAAUUACUACACAAACAAUCAUAGAAUAGUAGAACAGUUUCGGUUGGAAAAGACCUUUAAGAUCAUCGCGUCCAACCAUCGAUCCAGCCCUGCUAAACCUUCCACCAGACCACGUCCCCAGGUACAAGAUCUACUAAUUUUUUAAACCCCUCCAGGAAUGGGACUCAACCACCUCCCUGGGCGGACUCUGACUGUGCUUGACAACCUUUUCAGUGAAGAAACUCCUCCUGAAAUCCUACCUAAAUCUUAAGGCCAUUUUCCUUUUCCUGUCACUGCCUACCAGGGAGAAGAAACAAACCCCCACCUCUACAACCUCCUUUCAGGCAGUUGUAGAGAGUGAUGGGGUCUCCCCUCAGACCCCUUUUCUCCAGACGAAACAAGCCCUGCUCCUUCAGCUGCUCCUCACAAGGCUUGUGCUCGAAACCCUUCCCCAGCUCUGUUCCUCAUCUCUGGUUGUGCUCUCCAUGUCCUUCUUGUAGCAAGAAGCCCAAAACUGAACCCAGAAUUUGAGGUAUGAGCUCACCAGCAUCAAGUCCGGGGGAAGUACAAUGUCUCUGAGAAGAUAACCAAAAGCAAACCAGAGUUCUGGUUGUGAGCAGCCAGUCUGUCAUCCCUUUCUCCUGGUUUCACUGACCUCACUCUGCCAUCUCUAUGUCCUGCCAAAAGCCUACUUUGGGUAAUUGCAUUUUCUUCCCUUCUAGUCGUUAGCAAAAUGGCUCAUCAUCCGUCAUCUGUCAGACCCAGACAGACAGAACAGCUCCUAGACGGGCAAAACCCUCCUUUACCUGCCUCCUUGGUGGCUGCAGGUCAUGAGCACAAAGUCAUGGAUGCGCUUGAAGUGCUUGGAGAUACGAGACAGUGCUGGAGCAGCCCAUGGUAUCACCAUUUACACUUUGCUGCUCAUGGUAGUUUAGGAGAGCUUAGGUUAAUGUUCUCUCAAAGUGCUCCCAAAAAUAUUUAUUUCUUCUCUUGGUCCUUGCCAGUAGACCUCUUGUUUCUGCCUUCAAGGGCUUCCUGUGAAGGUCAGUGGCAUCCACCCAGGUUAGAAGACCUUGGGAGGCUGCAUUAGUUAACUCUCCCUCUGAGAUUUGCUCGUUACCCAUAGCAUAUUGCUUCUGCUGAUGCAAGAGGGUGAUGCACCCUCCCCCUGUGCUAAAAGCUGCCAUGGUCCAACCUCUUUCACCAUCCCCAGGACCUAGGAGGAUCAUCCCACCAACCACGAGCCAGGGCUGCAGCCUCCUCCAUCCCAGCACCUCACUCCGCUGGGAUCCUUGGGCUGGUAAACCUUAUGAGUCAAAAAAAGCUCCUCAUUUUUUUCAUCACUACUGAACUCUUUGCUAACCAGCUGCCUCAGAGCAGGAAGAUCACCAAGGUGGGCUCAGGAAUGCCGCAAUAUUUCUCCUUCUCCCCCAGCAGAAGCCAGGUACUGGCUGCUUCACCAGAGCAACCCACCCACUUUGCAACCUGCAAACACCUCUUGUUCCAAGCAGGAUCCUGGCUUCAUGCCCUUCGGCAUCCUUGCCAUAGGGUGCUGGGAGCAGAGGACACACUGGCUGGGUGGGAGCUGGGUGGCUGGAGCCCUUCCAGAUGGCAGGUCUUUUUUCAUCCUCAGAAAAGCUUUCCUGAGAACCUGCCCUUCUCACGGUGCCUCUUUGCUUCCAUUUAAUAUUUCACCGGUCUUUUAACUCCUUGCUGCCAGGCUGCAACUGCAAAACCCAGCAGCUUUUCCUCCUUCCCCAGCCUGACGGUGAGCCAUGAAUACCAAUGACAGAGGGUGGGCAGCUCUCCCCCCACUCCUGCACUCUCCGAUAUUAACACAAUUCACUCGAGGAGGCAUUUGGGAGAUUAAAAGUGCUGGGGACAUCCCGUGCUGGAGCACUGCUUGCUCUGCAGGGAAGGACAAACAGGUUUGGAGCAAAAAGCAGGAAGCGAUCCUGUGGUUGAUGGCAAAAUGACUUUUGGCUGCGGCUAAGAGAGAGCAAAGCAGAAAGGACAAAUGCAAACUGAUACUCAGACCCAGAUGAUUUUGUUUUUCUCACAAAUACCAGUGCAAGGGAGGAGCCUUUGGAGGGCUGGCAGGCGUGGUGACAACACUGGCGUCACCAUCCAACUCCUGCCACCACUGCUGAUCCCAGCCGCUGAUUUUUGACAGUGCUGGACGCUCAUCUCUGUGUUUGUGCUGAUGGGCAGUGGCUUUAUACCACAAGCUCACAGUUCUCAGGAUAACCCUAAGACCGUCGGGCAGAUUCAGUGCAGUUUGCAGCACUGGGAUAUUAUUUAUUUUCACUGAUCAGAUCGGCCAAGCUGCCACAAUUUACAGGGAAAAGAGUUGGGAGGCAUGCAGUGCAUCCUAAUAAAACUCCACAACAUCACCAUGGAGCUGCAAACAACCUGAGGAAGUCCAAGUGGUGAGAAAUACUUAGAGGUCAGAACAAACGCACCCAGUUCCUGGAUUUACCUGAAGGUUUCUGUUCUUGGGAGCCUCUUCCCUUGUUCCCUGGUUUCUGCAAACCAGAACCUUCACCAGGUCAAGGAACACCAGAAGUGGGUGCUGGAAAAGAAAAAAAACAACCACCACCAGGCUCCUGAGAGCUGGGAAACCCAUUUCCACCAUCUACUAGCAGUUCUUCCAUCUCUAUAAUUCCCUCUAAGGUGGAGCCAAGAAUGCUGUCCAGCAGAGAGCUCCUAGCAGAGAAGGACCUGGAGGUGCUGGUCAACAGGAGCUGAACACGAGCCAGCAGUGGCUCAGGCAGCCAAGAAGGCCACCAACAUUCUGCCUUGGAACAGCCCUGGAGUGGCAGCAGGAGCAGGGAAGGGAUCGUCCCCCUGGACUUGACACUGGGGAGUUUGCACCUCAAAUCCUGGGUUCAGUUUUGGACCUGUCACUCCAAUAAGGAUAUCAAGGGACUAGAGAACAUCUGGAGAAGGGAACGGAGCUGGGGAAGGGUCUGGAGAACAGGGGUUGUGGGAGCGGCUGAGGGCCCUGGGGCUGUUUAUCCUGGAGAAGAGGAGGCUGAGGGGAGAGCUCAUGGCUCUCUGCAGCUCCUGAGAGGAGGUUGUGGGGAGGUGGGUGCUGGGCUCUGCUCCCGAGGGACAGCCAUGGGACGAGGGGAAGUGGCUCAAGCUGCAUCAUGGAAGGCUUAGGUUGGAUAUUGGGGAAAAUAUCUUUAUUGACAUAGUGGUGAAGCCCUGCAGAAGCUGCCCAGGGCAGUGGUGCAGACUCCAUCCCUGGAGAGAUUUAAAAGAUGGGUAGACGAGGUGCUCAGGGGUGGUUGAAUUGUCGAUAGGUACAAUUUGAUUUGACAUUCUCAAAGGUCUUUUCCAACCAAAUGGUUCUACGAUUCUGGAGAAGAGGAGGCUGAGGGGAGAACUCAUCACUCUCUACGGCUCUACCAUUCAACCCCAGAACCUGGACCCAUCGCUGCCCUCAAAGCUCCCCUGCUUGGUUUAUCUCCCAAAAGACGGAUGCAAGCACUAAACCGUGUUGCUUUGCAACCAAAUAUAACCUUUGCACAAAAGUCUGUAUUUUCUUCUAAUCAGGAAGACCCAUUAUCUACCCCCGCCACGUUUAUUUAGGCAAUUACACAGUUUUAAUGUACAUUGAUUCAGAUUCUUAAUUUUUACAUUUUUGAUUAUGGUAAAAACCCAGCGAGUGACGCAUUUCUUAUUUGCUCGGCGCUCUUAUAUUUUUUUGCUUUCGCAAUAUGCCAGACUGCAUGUGAAUGGAAAUUGGAAGUCAAUUAAAGAAGUGCAAAACCAGCAUUUUAAAAUCUUUUUUAUUAGUUAAACACAGCUACCUUCAAUGUCUCGGCUACAGCAGAGUGGAAAAAACCCAAAAAGCGAAAAAAGGGAGCUUAUCCAGGCAUGUUUUGCAUUUAAAACUGACUCUAUACAUGAAAGAAAUAUUAAGCGUAGCGAACUGACAAAUUAAGUAUCUCGUUCCUGACAAGCAGGAGCAAACGCGUGUCAGUGGUUGAGGAGCUGGGUGGGAAUUUAAAGCCAGGGGAAUCAUAGAAUCGCUUGGUUGGAAAAGAUCUUUGAGAUCAUCGAGUCCAAUCGUACCUGUGCACUACCGAACCAUCCCUGAGCACCUCCUCUGCCCGGCUUUCAAGGCCCUCCAGGGAUGGAGACUCCACCACCUCCCUGCGCAGCCUCUGC